UAAGCGUAAGGUCUAGGUUAUGUGUGUCCUGUCUUGGAAAUAAUCCUUAUAACUUGAAUUGCAACUAAUUCAAAAUUGUUGAAAGGCUUAAGAAAAUAGUGUGUGUAAACUCAGUUACAUAGGUUCUAAACCAUUACGAUCUGUGAAAUUAAUAUUUAACGUUUAAUCUGCCAGUAGCCAGGUUAGGGAAAUGAAUUUGUUACCUAAAGCCACAUCUGACUUCAGCCAAAUAGGCUAUUGGGACAGUUUCUUUAGAAAAAGAGGAAAGAGAGCAUUUGAAUGGUAUGGGGAGUACCCAGAACUGUGUGGAAUAUUGCAUAAGUACAUACGUCCUAAAGACAAGACACUGGUGAUUGGAUGUGGUAACUCAACUUUGAGUUCUGACCUCUAUGAUGUUGGAUAUAGACAAAUUACCAACAUAGAUGUAAGCUCAGUGGUCAUAAAACAAAUGAAGGCCAAGUCCAAGAUAAAACCUGGGCUAGAAUAUCAGCAGAUGGACGCAACUAAAAUGACGUUUCAGGACGCUUUGUUCAACGUUGUUCUGGACAAAGGAACUCUGGAUGCCCUUAUGCCAGACUCUAAUCCAGAAACCAUUGACAAAAUAAAUGCACUAUUUAAUGAGGUGGAUCGAGUCUUGACACCGCUGGGCCGCUACGUAUGCGUCUCCUUGCUACAGAGACACAUCUUACAACAUCUCCUAGACCAGUUCUCUGGUAGAGGAUGGAUGGUGAGGAUUCUGCGUUGUCUUGAAGCUGAGAACAAGUCCGACUCUGGCAUGACCCUCCCAGUGUUUGUCGUCAUCUGCACUAAACUGAAGAAGAUGCCGGGUAGCAAACCGGUAUUUGAGGUGAGUCAAGGGGGAGAAAUUGUUCAGAGGAUGGCAACUCUUGAAGAAACUUUGGAAUCUGUCAAGACACAGCAGGACACAGCUCUAGUAUGUUCGGGACUCAACCGAUGCAGUGUUGCCAACGCAGGAGAGGUCACCAUCGAACUGUCCCGGCCUGGGGAUAAAUACCCUCGGUAUACAGUGACUGUGGCUGAUUCGCCCAAGGCUAAAGAUCCUGGGAGUAUGAAGUUUGCUGCUUUUAUCGUGCCUCAAGGAAGGGAAAGGGAGUGGCUGUUUGGGUCACCUGAAGGACGUCAAAUUCUAGUGCAGAACUCCGGGUUUGACCGACUUGCAGUGAUCAGGCUACAUAGAGAACACAAGUACGAGAGUCUGAAGGCAACGCAGGACGAGACAUCUGACACAGUAUUGCGACUGGCCCCCAACUACAAGAGCUCAGGCCCACGACCGAAAAUCCCAUUCCUCUCUGUGGCGGAAGACCUAGGUAAUGUGACGGAGAUUGCCCGAGGGACGAGUGACAUCUCGGGUGAUUUCAUAAUAGAAGACGCUGAGGGAGGAGACAAACAACUCUACCGUAGACUGGUGUUUCUGGUCAAUCAGAGUGUCGUACAGUCUGAGUCCAAGCUGAAAAUAGUUCAACAGAACGGAGAGACGAUCAAGACAGUGGACCUAUGUUACUUGGGCUGUGACCACCACGUCUACAUGACUAUGGGGGUGACUAUGGUGGCUACGGAGAAACCCUUCCAUGUUCUGGUCAUCGGACUGGGGGGUGGAGGACUGUGUACAUACAUACACAACUGCUUCCUUUCCGUGAGGGUGACUGCUGUAGACAUUGAUCCUAAGAUUCUUGAAGUUGCUACAAAAUACUUCCAUCUCAAAGAAGACGAGCGACUACAAACAGUCAUAGAGGAUGGGCUCGACUACUUGAAAAAAGCUGCUAGCUCAGGUGUAAAGUAUGAUGCGGUCUUGUUUGAUAUUGACUCCAAAGAUUCCAGUUUGGGUCUCAGUUGUCCACCAGCGAGCUUCCUGGAGUCUGACAUACUCACUGCUACAGCUGGCUGUCUCGACGACUCAGGAGUGUUUGUUCUGAACUUGACUUGCCGCAUUGCGGAUAUCAGGCAGAAAACUUGGACCAGACUUAGAAAACUUUACAAGGACAUUUCAACAGUAAAACUGGAACAAGAAGUCAAUGAGAUUUUCUUUUGUUGGAAGACAAAAGCCACCAUGUCUCUCCCAGAUGCGGCAGAUAAACUAAACAGCAUCGUCAAGAUGAGGAAAAUACAAGAAGAUGAUCUUGUUGAUAAGGAAGAACUCUUGACUCUGAUAAGAUCUAAGUAGUGAAUCUUUCUUCAUGUCACUGACACAAAUUUGUACAGAUUUUUAUUUUACGUGUAUAACAUGAUAUUGGAAGUGUAUAUAUUGUGAAUAAAUGUAUAAACAAUUGAUAAA